AACUUUCUGUUUCAUUCAAUUUUAACAUUUCUGCCAAAUGUACCUUUCUCUAGUUCUAGGUCACUUGACAGUUUUGACUUGAUGAAAAAAGAAAAUGAUUCAAAAGUGACAGAAUUUGUUCUUCUGGGUCUGUCAUCCUCCUGGGAGCUACAGCUAUUUCUCAUGUUCAUGUUUUCCUUGUUUUAUGUUGCUAUUAUUGUGGGGAAUCUUUUGAUAAUUGUGGCAGUGAGAGCUGAUAUUCAUUUGCUACAAUCUCCCAUGUACUAUUUCUUGGGCCAUCUCUCCUUCAUUGAUCUAUGCCUGAGCUGCGUUACAGUGCCAAAGUUAUUGGAAGGUUUCCUACAACAGGCCAAUACCAUCUCUUUUUCAGGAUGCUUGGCCCAGAUCUACUUUCUCCACUUUCUGGGAGGUAGUGAGAUGUUUCUGCUGACAGUAAUGGCCUAUGAUAGGUAUGUUGCCAUAUGUGACCCUUUGCAUUAUCUGACAGUCAUGAACCACAAGUUAUGUCUUCUGUCGGUGGUGGCCUGCUGGUGUGGGGGCUUCAUCCACUCUAUCACACAAGUUAUAUUGGUCAUCCAGUUGCCUUUCUGUGGCCCAAACGAACUGGACAACUUCUACUGUGAUGUCCCACAGGUUAUCAAACUGGCCUGCAUGGACACCUACAUGGUAGAGGUCCUGAUGGUCUCUAACAGUGGUCUUCUGUCUCUUAUAUGCUUCUUGGUCUUACUAAUCUCCUAUGCAGUCAUCCUGAUUACCCUGAGAACUCAACUUCAUUUGCGCCAGAGCAAAGCAUUCUCUACCUGUGCUUCCCAUGUAACAGUGGUAAGCCUGAUCUUUGUGCCAUGUGUAUUUAUUUACCUAAGACCUUUCUGCACCUUCUCUGUGGAUAAAUUAUUCUCUGUGUUUUACACAGUAAUCACACCUAUGUUGAAUCCCUUCAUUUACACACUCAGAAAUACUGAUAUGAAGAUAGCAAUGAAGAAGCUGAGAAAAAAGUCAUGUGCCAGUCUAUUGCCUUGUUAA